AUGAGCUUUGGUCGACCGCUCCGUGGGGGCUGCCACUGCGGCCGCAACAUCUAUGUCGUCCAGUUUCCCAAGGACCUCGACGCAGCCAACCUCGUUCAGGUCCUCUUUGACUCGCGCCCCUCGCACCGUUCAAUCUUAGCAACGCCGCUACCAGCCUACCUCCGGGUGCCGCUGCGAUACUACCGCGCGCUGACGGUCCCCUACCACGACGACGAGACCAACAGCCAGAUCCACCGCGUCUACCAGCCGGCGGGCGAGGAGCACGCAAUGCGGCACUUCUGCGGGUUCUGCGGCACCCCGCUCUCGUACUGGUCCGAGUCGCCGCGCAGCGAGGCCGACUUCAUCCGCCUGACCCUGGGCAGCCUGCUGCAUGAAGACCUAAGAGACCUGGAGGAAUGGGGGUUGGUCCCCGAUCCCGACUCCGCCUCCGGCACGGGGACGCCUUUGGAACAAGAAGAUGAGGCGGCGGAAGGAAACCGGGGCAAAAGUGGGGAGGGGAAGACGCGUACGGACGCUGCGACGGGAGCUGAGGGAGAAAGGGAGGUCGGGGAAGCGGGGGGGAAUGUUUGGGGCAGGGUCGGGGUGCUGCCGUGGUUCGAGACCCUCACGGAGGGCAGCCGGCUAGGGACGACCUUGCGACGGGCGAGAGGUGGGGGGACAGACCCAACGGAAAGGGUGAGGAUUGAGUGGGAGAUUGCUGAGUGGAGUGCCGAGGACGAAAAGGGUGAUGAGAGUCCACGUAAGCGGAAGUUGGAUGAGGUUGAGGACGCCGUUGAGGCCGAGAGGACGGUGGGCGUGCGUGUACAAUAG